GCGCUAUCCUGGUUACCAACCAACACAACACAGUGGGCACAUGAGAAAACACAGAAAAACGCGUGAAUUUCUAAGCUUAUGGCAAACAAAGUACAGUUUUACGAUGAUAGUAACCUUCAUCUGUGUCCCUCUGCAGCGAUAAACAGACAAAACGCAGAUGUCGAUGAUAUCUCUGAAGAUGUGGGGUAGGGUUAUGUGAACAGCAUCCUCUGCAGCCACACAAUGGAUAACGAGGAGAGUAAGGUGUGCCAAGGAGAGAAGCUCGCCUCUACUGUGGAUGACACUCUGGAUGAAUAUUUAAUCGCCCUCCAGCGCAAAAACAGGAUCCUCAAGCGCCUUAAAGUCAAAGACCCCAGGGAGAUUGAGUUGGAGCGGCUAGAGCAAGGCUUUUCCAUUUAUCUUAACGGAGCCAAUGCUGAAGACUGCAGGAAGCAGCCCAAGACCACCAGCCACAAGUCUGUCACCUCCACACCUGCUUGGAGGCCCGCACGUACAGCAGAUGUCUGUAGAAGCGCCCACCAGCUAACUGAAGAUACCCAUAAUCUGGAGCAGACCAGCAGGCAGAGGAGCCACACCGCCCCAGGAAAGGUCCAGAGGAAAGAAUGGGUGCAGGAUUCUGUCAGAAUUCGAACAGAAGAAGGACCAAGUUUGCAGAUAUCCCCAGAAAAGCGCUACUCUGAGGAUUUUGAGCCCUAUGAAAGUGUAGCCAUGGAGAGCUCCAGUCCACGCUCGCCUCGCAGUCCCUGCUCCCAGAGGGACAUCUGCAAGGUUUCGCACUCAUUCAGCUACAGGCCUGAGAGCCAAGGAGGACAAGCAAAUAAGGAACACAGUGAGAAGGUGCUUCUCAACCUUGAGGAAGUGAAGGUUUUGCGUCAGAGCCUGGAGGUUAGCAUGUGGCGGAGCAACCGCGGCUCAGCAGGGGAGGAGUCAGACGAGGAGUGGGUGGAGGAGCAGAUUGAGAGGGACGAGAGCACUGAGAGUCUGGAUGAACUGGGGCUGCCUCUGUCUUCCUCCAAGUCCUCCUCAAACCCUAGGCCGAGCCCUUCCCAUAGCCAAUUUGACUCCGCAAACCUCAUUGUCCUGGACUUUGGACCUUCACCUAAAGGUCGUAAGAUUGAACGGUCUCUGUCUGCAAAAAGGAAAGACAGCAUUGACAACUUCAUACCCACCAAGCCUAUGUUGGUGAAGAGCAAAACAUUAGAUAGGCCACCUUCAAAAGGGAGCUGGGAUGGUCCAAGGCCAAGGAGUCGGGUGGAGAGGCCCUUGUCAGCAGCCAGGAAGGCUUCCUUUGAGGAUCGAGACCCAGAGGAGAUGGCGUGCGGGGUGCGCCAGGCCAUCCAGAGAGAGAACAAGCCUCUGCAAAGUCCUGAGCCCUUCAGUCGCAACACGGGCAGGGGACACCAGAUGAUGAAUGGCUUAGUGCAUCACAACACCCACGACAAGGAUGAGAACAGUGUCAGUGUGGCAAUGCAGAAAAUCACGCUUAUGGGCCCCAGGCAGCAACAGAAACUGUUGAAAGCCUUGGAGAAACUGGAAGGUGGACCCAGCUACAACAUCCCCCAGAGUGUCAAAACAGAUUACAGCAAACAGCUGAGAAGGCAGUCCUCAGAGGUUACCCCUGCAUUGUACGUUACCAUGGAGAUCUUGUCAAACUGGGGGAAUGCUCUACAGGUCGGGCUGACUGAAUUGCAGUUUUUCUGCCUCAGAAACAAAAAGCUGUAUGUUUCACCUCACGACCUAGACAUCAGGAACGCUGACUACCCGGGGAAUCUGGGGGCACUGGUCAAUGGAAAGGCGAAGACCACCAAAGAGCGUCACAUGUGGACGUGCCCGUUCCACCCUCCCAUCCAGCUCUACUUCAUCAUCAGGAACACGGAGCGCUCAGCAGACUUUGGAAUAUCCCACAUCAAAAUCUGGAACUACAACAGAAGCCUCAGUGAGCUUGAUGUUGGUGCACGGCACAUAAAGCUGUACCUCAACAGCACACUGGUGUUUGAAGGGGAGUUGGAGAAGGGCUGUGGCAACCAGGUGUUUGACUACAGCACCACAAUUGAUCUCCAGGAUUUCCAGGUGUCAGACUCCUUGUAUUCCAGCCCUGUGUCUUCAGGACACAAUCUUCGGGGUGCCAGCCCCCAGCAUUAUGAUGAUAGGAAGGGUGGGGAGGGCACCCAGAGACACCACAGUUCAAAUCCACAGACGCCAGACGCAGCAGACCAGGCAAUGAUGGACAUGCAGGAGAAAUCGCACACACCGCUUCCACCCAUCACUCCCUCAGCAGUGGGGGUUUCAUCCUCUCCCCGUCGCUCCUCCACACAAAUAAACUCUUUUGACCUGUCCACCUCAGAAGAACCCCUCUCGCUCAGGCAGCAGGUGGAGCAGCCAACACCCAUGGAGCAGACGGUCACCACCCAGCCAUCUUCCUCCCGGGUCGCCCCCCAGUGGCUGCAGCCCCUGAACAGAGGAGCACCUGAGGGCUGCGAGGUUAGCAGGGAGAGGCCACGGUGGCUGGUGCCUCAGCACUCAGGAGAGCCCAAAUCUCCAUCAGCCUCAGCCUCAGCCUCUUCAAUGCUCCCGGAACUGCCGUGUAACCCGGGCCGGGUGUGCAGGGGAGUGGAGAGGACAGUAAAUGGAAGUCAGUGGAAGGAUGAUUCUUUGGACAUGAGCUGUGACCUGCUAGAGGAGCUCGGAGACCAAAAGCUGGACAGGCCCAUCAGCGGACGCAGGAGCUCGUUCCGAAACACUACGGUCACCACCAGGCAGACAGAAGAGCAACACUUUAGAGCUACCGUGCUGUCAAAUACAGACGAGCCGUUGUCAUUGGUAAACACCAGCAGGAGGCAGAGCACCCUUCGAGCCCAGCUGCACAGCCAGCAGGAUGACACCCUCAUGGAGUCCUGGGAUUCCCUCACUAAGUUCAACCAAUGCCAACGUGGACGCAUUUCAAACACCGGCUUUGAAGGUGACAUCUUUGAUGAGUUUCUGCAGCGCCAGGGCCAAGGUCCACCCACACUCCCACUCAACCCCGCCUCAGCACCCAGGAGCCCACUCUCCUCCUUGAUCGCUCAGGGGCCGCUGUGCGAAGGCCCCGAUGAUGAUUCAGCCAUGGAGCGAGAGGAAGAGUUUGAAAUCCCAGUGCUACCCCAGGGCCAGAGGCUGGUCAUCAACAUCCUGUCCACCUGGGGCGAUCGCCACUACGUGGGUCUCAACGGCCUGGAGGUUUUCAGCUCCAGUGGAGAACCCCUCCGACCUGCUCACAUCCGCGCUGACCCUCCAGACAUUAACAUUCUGCCAGCUUAUGGCAAGGAUCCACGUGUAGUCAGCAACUUGAUCGAUGGUGUUAAUCGCACACAGGAUGACAUGCAUCUUUGGCUAGCCCCCUUCACCCCUGGUCGGAGCCACACCAUUUUCCUGGACUUUGGAGCCCCCUACCAGGUUGCCAUGAUCCGAGUGUGGAACUACAACAAGUCACGCAUCCACUCUUUCCGAGGGGUGAAGGAGGUGGAAAUGCUGCUGGAUGGAAGGUGCAUCUUCAGAGGCGAGAUUGCAAAGGCUUCUGGGACGCUGUCUGGAGGGCUGGACCAGUUUGGAGAUACUAUCCUGUUCACCACUGACGAUGAAAUCCUGGAGGCCAUGUCUCGUUAUGAUGAAACCUUCCUUAGUGAAGGUGAUGGUCCAGAGACUCUGGUGUCUGAGGAGGAGCUGCAGAGACCACGCACCGCAGACGGAGAGGGAGAGGAAAGACCUUUCACACAGGCUGGUUUCCGAGAGGAAGACCUAACUUUGAAACUUCACCUCAACCCCACUGUGAGCCAGUCUGAGGAAAACAUGGGGCAGAUUCCUGGGAUGUACACUGGAACGUGCCUUCGACUAGAGCUGGUGUUAACGUGGGGUGACUCCCACUACAUGGGCCUAACAGGUUUGGAGGUGGUGGGGAAGGAUGGAGAGAGUUUACCUUUGGACCUCAGUAUUAUGGCUGCCUCACCCAGGGACCUCAACGACCUGCCUGAAUACGGACAUGAUUUGCGCACUCUUGAUAAGCUUAUAGACGGCCACAACAUUACCACUGAUGACCAGAACAUGUGGCUGAUCCCUUUCUGCUAUGGAGAGACCCACACCUUAAAUAUUACCUUCAACGAGCCACAGACCAUCGCUGGACUCCGUAUCUGGAACUACAACAAGACACCUGAGGAUUCUUACAGAGGGGUGAAAGUGAUCCAUGUGUUCAUGGAUAAUGUUGCCAUCUCGCCAACGGAGGGAUUCCUGAUCAGGAAAGGACCGGGAAACUGUCACUUUGACUUUGCCCAAGAGAUCCUCUUUGUGGACUUCGUCCAAACGCCCACAGACAACAAGAGUGCCGAAGACUACCCACACAAAGGAAGCUUUAAGAAACAAGAACAGGCCAGCAUGGACUAUGAAGCUCCCAUCAUGCCUUGUGGAUUCAUCUUUCAGCUGCAGCUGUUAACAACCUGGGGGGACCCCUACUACAUCGGCCUGAACGGCCUCGAGUUUUAUGACCAGAAUCACGAAAGGAUUAGUCUCAGCGACAACAACAUCGCUGCUUUUCCAGACAGUGUGAACGUACUGGACAGUGUGAGUGGUGACGUCAGGACUCCAGAUAAAUUAAUAGAUGGAGUCAACAGUACCCUUGAUGGAAGACAUAUGUGGCUAGCACCGGUGCUCCCUGGACUGGUGAACCGUGUGUACGUCAUCUUUGACCACCCAGUGACCGUGUCCAUGAUCAAACUGUGGAACUACUCCAAAACGUCACAGAGAGGAGUAAAGGAGUUUGGGCUGCUGGUGGACGACCUCUUGGUGUACAACGGCAUUUUGGACUGCGUGUGCAAUGUGGCUCGAGGUAUUCUGCCUACCUGUGACCCAGUGGUGCCUUACCACACCAUCCUCUUCACAGACAAUGCAUACAUUGCACACCGUGAGAGGAACACCGUCAUCAGUAAUUACGUGGAGGAUCAGGAUGUGAAGAUGACCAACGAGAAUCAGAUAGUCCAUCACAACAAGAAGAAGCAGACAGCAGAUCCAGCUCUUCGGCCUAAAACCUGCAUGACUGAUGGUGGGAAACACGGAAAGAGGAGGUACUGACAGACUGUCGAAUAAAAACAUGGAUUCAGUGCUCAUUCAAAGAGAUCAGAACUGAAAAGGAGGAACUACUGCUGAGUUUCACACUUCCUGGUGGGUUAGGGUUUUUACCUUAAAUUAAGACCCAAAGCAGCCAUGGUUAGUAAUGGCAGCCUGGUGGUGAAAUAGCAGCUCUCGCAGUCCACACUGAAUAGGACGGAGAGAUUGCACCAUGGGUUUGCACACACACACACACACACACACACACACACACACACACACACACACACACACACACACACACACACACACACACACACACACACACACACACACACACACACACACACACACAGAUUCCACUUUAUGGUUGGAUUACUCCUUUUUCCCUUUGCUGUGAAAACACACCCACAGAUACAUGUUAUCCUGAAAACGUACUGUACAGUAGCCUGAGUCGUCCAUCCCACAGUGCCAGGAUAAACCUGUGAGGCUGCAUUCUGUCAGCCCUGUUAUUGUGCCUAGUUCUAAACAAUAUAUCUGUGGCUGCUACUUGUGACUUUUGUGCUGCAUAUUUAAAUGCUGCUUGUGGCGUGUAUAUAGUAAAAACAAAAAGCUCCAGGGCCACAUGGAUACACUCUCACAUCAGGAUGUGGCCAACGCUACAUUUAUUAAUGAAUUUUAUCCACUGAUGAGCCUAACCGCUCAGCUCUUUGCCUAAUGGGUAUGAGAGCUGACUAACACACCCGCCAGUGCACCAACAAAUCGUAAUGCUAUGCAGACACUAAUUUAUAUAUAUCAGUACUUUAUAUCUGUUGGCUAAUAUAUAGUAUAUUUCAUAGCCAAAUGCUUUUACUUGGGGAAGUUCUUCCAGAGAGGGUUUCAGCUUUGGAAGAUUUAUACUGAUGGCUAAAGUGUAACACUUGUGCUUGAAAGUACAGCGGUCAGAUUUUGUUCAUUUCAAUUUGAAUAAAAUAAAAACUGAAGCUUUCGAGAAUGUUGACAAAACUCCACACUGAAUUUAAAAAAAAAAAAAAAAAGAUUUGGCUCCACAAAAUUAGAUCAGUGUAUUUUUUUUCUCUCCAAAAUAUAACUUUUCUGCUUAGCAUCAGGUAAAACACACUUUGACAUCCAAGUGGCCUUUUAUUGAAGUUGCUCUAAGGCAAGAUUUUAGUUAAGAAAAGGGUAGUUGUUUUUUUUGGAGGCAAACAUCUUUGGAGCCUGUGAAGGAUUUUCAGUAAUUUGAUCAGAGUAGAAAAAAAAAUCUACAUUUGAAAGUUUAGAUUUUGAGUAGACAGGCAACUUCUAAUAUGCAAAUACUGUAAUCUUACCUCAAAUGGAGAAGAAUGGUCUUUAAAAAGGGAUAAAUAUGGUUCUACCUUCACUAUAAUACUCAGUAGUUGGUGUUAUAUUAUUCAUUCAUUCAAUAUUUACUGUACUAUCUCAUUGCAUGGAAAAGUCUCUUCAGCUUUAGCUGUGGUUUUACUGCUUCAUUGAGCCCUGAUAUAAACUAUUUAAUACUCCUACAUGAUGGGAGUAAUCGUAUAUGAAAUGCAGUUUUAUGUAUUUAAUUUCAGUAUGUCCAGCAGCAACAAUAGUCAUUACUCUGUAUGUCAGUCCUGCUCUGUGGGGUGGUGGCUAUUAUUGUAUGUGUGACAUUUAGUGUUUUGAAAUAUUUAAUUAUUUUUUCUAAUCUUGGAUUAAAUAUGUAUAUUUGAUGUAGGUUUAUUUGAAAGAAUAAAAAUU